AUGGCCAACUUUUUACCUCGCCAGCUAAGGAAGCUGGUUUUUCAAGGCCUUCGCCCCGACGAGGUCAUUGUUGCCGAGGUGCAACCACCUGCCGAGCCAGUUUUAAGCAACGCUCAACUGAUACGCCUUCAAUUCGAGAGGGCUACGCGCACUCCUGUCAGCAAAAGAGAAUCUUCGGCGCAAGAAGAACAUGAAGUGCGUCCUUACGGUGCCGUACACGACAUCCAUUCGAAGGAUGGGCUCACGUAUCUCUUUCGCUCCUUUAUGGCACUUGGUGUACUAAUGCCAGAAAAAUAUAAAUUCCUCUAUUGCCUUUAUGCGCUUCUUCCCCUCGGACUCAUAACCUUCUACCUACCCGCCGCUUUCGUGCUAUCCUAUUUCAAGCUGGACUACUCGACCAUCAAGAUCGGCAACUUGCUGACUUCGGUGCAGGUAAGCAUUGCAUCGUUUGUCGGCGCCAUCAAACUAUGUGUAAUGGCAUUCAAGCUGCCUAAAUUGCGCGCUGGCGAAGCUAUAAUGUCUGAGUUGGACGCGCGCUGUAAGGAUGAGGACGAGAUCGAAGUAUUACGCAAAGUCGUACGCCAGGGCAAUCGUUUACUGGUUUAUAUUUUAAUUUGCAAUUUAAUCUAUUCGACAAGCACUUUUUUGGGCGCAACACUGAAAGGACGGCCGCCCUACGAUAUUUACAAUCCGGUAGUGGAUUGGCGCAAAUCAAAAUGGCAAUUCGUAUGGGCUGCGCUCUGGGAAUUUAUACUCAUGGAUGGAUUGUGUGCCGAGGAGGCUAUAACCGACUCGUAUGCUCCGAUUUAUGUUUGUAUAAUUCGGGCGCACAUGAAGACGCUGCUCAUGCGCUUACAGAAACUUGGCUCUAAUCCGGAACGCUCUCGGGAAGAGAACUAUGAAGACCUUAAGAUGUGCAUAAGGGAUCACAAAUCGCUGCUGAAGCUGUUCGACAUCGUGCAUCCGAUUAUCUCCACCACCUAUUUUCUACAGUUCAUGACCACUUCGCUGAUGGUUGGUUGCACUUUACUCAAUAUAAUGAUCUUUGCGGUGGACAACUCUGCGCGCAUCGGCCACUUGUGUUAUGUUGUUGCCUUGCUCAUGGAGGUCUACCCUCUGUGCUAUUAUGGCCAAAGCCUGCUGGACGAUAGUAAUAGUCUGGCUAAUACCAUUUUUCAUGGCCGCUGGGUAGAUCAAAAUGAGGAUUUUCGCAAAAUGUUGGUGAUCUUCACACAACACACCCAGAAACCUAUGGAGCUGCUGGCUGGGAAGCUAAUUCCUAUCAAUUUGACCACUUUUGUCAGGAUCGCUAAAUUUUCAUUUACGCUCUACAGUUUUAUUAACAACAUGGGUGUGAAGGAGCGCUUUGAGGGGUUGUAA